AUGAUGUAUGCCAAUUAAACUCGAAUUGAUUCCACUCACUCACUCUAUAAUGAAAUGAGUCAUCGCCUCCAACUUCAAGGCAUUUUCGUCACCUCCUUUCGCCAACGCCACUUUUCCUUCUUUUCCCCUUACACUUCCACCACCACAAGGGUAUCGUUUUCUAGUUCUAGUUGCGGGAAAAAUUUGCAAAUGGAAGAAGUGAAGGUUGCUUCAGACUUGUUGGUGGGUGACCCUGCUUCACUGGAGAAGAAAAUUGAUGCAAUUCGUUUGGGUGGUCCCCAGAAGCUUCAGGUGAUUGCUGAUUUUGAUGCCACGUUAACAAAGUUUUGGGUUAAUGGAACUCGUGGCCAAACCAGUCAUGGUCUUUUGCAGCAGGGUAAUCCAGAAUAUGAUGCCAAAAGGCAGCAGUUAUAUGAAUAUUACCAUCCAUUAGAGUUUUCGCCGACUAUUGGACUUGAAGAGAAAACGAAGCUCAUGGAAGAGUGGUGGGGAAAAACACACGGUCUUCUUGUUGAGGGAGGACUUACAUAUGAUUCAAUAAGACAAUCAGUUGCUAAUGCCAACAUAGCUUUCAGGGAAGGUGUUUCUGAACUUUUUGAGUUUCUGGAGGAAAGAGAUAUUCCUGUGUUAAUAUUCUCAGCCGGGCUUGCUGAUAUCAUUGAAGAGGUCCUAAGGCAGAAACUUCACAGAUCCUUCAAGAAUGUGAGGAUAGUAUCCAACAGGAUGGUAUUUGAUGAUGAUGGCCGCCUUGUAUCUUUCAAAGGAAAAUUGAUUCAUAGCUUAAAUAAAAAUGAGCAUGCUCUUGAUAUGGCUGCUCCUGUUCAUGAGAGAUUGGGUGAUAUGGAUGGUCCUACUGACGACAAUUCCUCAUUGAAGAAGAGAACCAAUGUUCUCCUCCUCGGUGAUCACACUGGAGACUUGGGAAUGUCUGAUGGUUUGAAUUAUGAGACUCGAAUAUCCAUGGGAUUCCUGAAUCACAACGUUGAGAACUCACUUAGCUGCUAUCAAGAAGCUUUUGAUGUUGUUUUUGUGAAUGAUGCACCCAUGUGGGGAGUUAUCAAACUGGUCUCUCAUAUGUGUUUAAGUGGGAGGUGAUGUUUCCUGCAAUGAUGUAUUCUUAGCAGUCUCAUUCUUUUUUGUUAUAUAUCUUAGGAUUCCUCGUUAUGAAAUUUAUUUUACCUAUAGCUAAGAAAACCGUGCACAAACUCAACCAUUAAAAUGUUUUGUUUUACCGAACAAUAUAAAUAUAAAUUAUAAAAAUUGACAAAUGGAAACAUUCAGAUAUGUAUCUGCAUGAGCUGCGGUUGUUUUUGAA